AUUUUCUAAAACAACGAGAGGGAAGGGGAAUGCAAAAAAGAAGAAACGAAAAGAAAAAGAAAAAGGAGCAGGAAGGAUUAGAAUAUUUCUUCUUCAGAAACAGAGUAAAAUGUUUCCCGAAAAAUACUCAUUUUUACUCAACGGAUGAUGACUAUGGAUGUGCAAAUUUCAGAGGACAAUGGUGCUAGAAGGUUAGAAUCGUCUGAAAUCGGACAAGUUAGUACUUCUGAAGCUGACAGAACUCAAGAACCAUAUGAGGGUAUGCCAUUUGAAUCUGAAGAAACUGCCAGAGCAUACUACGAUGAGUAUGCUGGACGAGCAGGAUUUAUAACCCGUGUUCUCUCAUCUCGCAAGUCAGAGCGUGAUGGGUCAAUUAUAUCACGUGGACUUGGUUGUAGAGGGAUACCAGAUAAUCAAAGGUCAGGAAGCAUUGCAAAUCAAAAGCGAGAUAGACGACGUGAUGGUUGUACGGCAAUGAUCCUAGUCAAAAGAGAGAAGCCCGGUAUGUGGGUGGUCAGAAAAUUUGUUAGGGACCACAAUCAUCCCUUGGUUAUAUCACCUUCCAAGAGACGUCCAACUUUCGACGAGAAAGAUAAAAAAAUUCAGGAAUUAACAGCAGAACUUCGGAUCAAGAAACGACUAAGUGCAGCAUACCGAGAGCAGCUCCUUAGUCUCAUGAAAGACGUGGAUAGCCAUAGUGAACAUAUGUCUACAAAAGUUCAAGCUGUUCGUAGAAUUCUUAAAGAACUUGAAGCUAAAAGACAGGAGCUUUCAAAUCACAGUAAACAUUAUAAGUAGGGAAGGUUGAGUAGGUUGCAGAGCAACGUAAGAAGCAGUCUAUCCUCUGAGAUUGUAACCAAUUUAUGUGCAACAAAUUCAUAUUCCCCGGUGGUUGAGUUCUCUAUGAAUUUCUGUUGCAUCUGUUAUUUCUUUCUUAAUUUUUUGAAUGGUAAAGUAAAAAAUUUCAGUGCUUCUCCAGUGCUGUAAUUCAUUUGAGUUGGGACUUCACUUGUUAGAAACAGUAAAGAAUGUGUGUUCUUUGUUUUUUUUUUGCCCAUGAUGCGCAACAUCUAUCUGUUAAGUGGGAAGACCGGUUAAGUCAUUAGCUUUGUAAACCCUCAGAAUUUCUGGUGGUAUACAUAAGGGCGUCAAUCUCUUUCAAGACAACGCAAAAUUAAGCUCUUUAUACUUGUUAUUAAAAUUGGCGUGGUUCAUAUCUUCAAGAGAAAUUAACGCAAAAUUAAGCUCUCAGUCAAAAGAAGACAGAAAAUCUCAACUUCGCGGCCAAUGGAUAGAGGGUUGCCCAACUGCUGCCAUUCCCACCAUCAGAACCUCCCACUAUGCAUUUCUCUUUGAUUUGAAAUUACUAUUUUCUAGAAACUUUUUUUUUUUUUGAUGAAUCUAUUUUCUAGAAACUCAAUACUGGUGAUUCUUCUCUUCUAGUUUUGAUAUAUUUUGGGAUAUAGGUGAAACCACUGGUUUUGAACUACACUGGGAAUUUGCUUCCUACAGGAUAAAAGAGCGACUUCCAUAGGCCAUAUAUUGAUCCUGUGUAGGAUAGUGUAGAGAAUAAGUUUCUGAUGCAUUUACUGCCAUGUGCUGUAAAUAAGAAACCUUUUGGCGCGAGCUGAUUCUCUUAUUUAUUAUUUAUAUCUUUUGU